AUGGCAUCGCGUUUCGGUCAACCAUCUUAUUCCACCUCUCCCCCUCCUACGACAGCCUCGUCGGUAGGGUACUCGCAAUAUGGUCAAUCGGCAUUUGGUGGAGCACCAAGCAGACAACCGUCCACUUCGUCUUCGGGGUAUCAACCUCAGGCUAGAGUCGGUAACGGAAGUACCUCGAGGAGUAUGACGGGCGGUAGUGCCAGUGGUGGUCUGAGACCACCAGGAGGAGGUGGGGGAGGAGGCAGUAGUAGUGAUAGGAAAGCAGAAAGUCGGGAGAUAGCGAGAGUACAUUGGAAAGCUUUAAAAGAGUUUCUGGCCACUUGGAUAGAGAAAGAAUCUCCCACUUCGCGGGCAUCUGCGAGAGAGAAACUCACUCGUCUGACGAAAUUACAAUUCCAGGAAUUAUCGACGGAUGUAUAUGAUGAGUUGAUGAGACGAAUAGCGGUGGACAAUGGAGAACCAGAAGGGAAUGUACCGUUCCUCCCAGUCAGAGAAGAUUUCCACCCCAAACGUAAUCAAGCUAGACAGAAGCUCGCUACCUUACCCAAGAAUAGAUUCAAGGAUUUAGCGAGUGAUGUGUUUUAUGAAUUGAAGAGGAGAUACCCAGAAUUUGAGGAAGAUGAACGUCGAUACGAUGAACCGCCUCCUGCACCUGGACCCACCCGACCACCUUUCUCACACCAGCACUCUUCCUCCCAAUCCCUUCGAGAUCGUACGAACCCCACUCCUCCACCUGGCGCGCUCAACGCCCGACUCGUAUCGUCUGGUUCUCAGCAUCAGCGACAGGGUUCCCGAGGUAUGUCGCAGGGUAGUCAUCGCUCGAGACCAAGUAGGGAUCAAGAUACGGAGAUACUGGAUGAAGGACGAUCGAGAGGACCGCAGGCGAAUCCUUUGGGAACGACUAGUGAUGUGGUUGUACCUAACAAAUCGAGAUUAAGAGAAGAGGAGAUCGAGGUGCCCUAUGCUAGAGAUAGUCAGAUGAUGGAUCAGCGUAGAAGUAGGACAUCCUCUAGACCUGCUAGUAGAAGUAGCGCAGGGAGGGAGAGUAGGACAUCUUUCAAUGAUAAUAACGAUAGAGAAAGGGAAAGAGAGAAAACACCUAGACAAGAAAACGAAUUAAUGUCGCCUGCCUCUGCCGACGAUAGAGUCUACUAUGAUAGGUUGUCGUUCUCGUCGAAUGUGACGAAUAAAUCGAAACUGGUAGCUGCGCAGAAUGGAUGGGAUGAAGAGAGAGAACAGAAAUUGAGGGCGGAAUAUGAGUUUAGAAUUGCAGGAUUGGACAGGAAAGUGGUCAAUGCUGAGAGGGAGAGAGAUGAGGCGAGGAGAGCAGAAGCCUCGGAGAGAGAAAGGAGGUUAGAAUGGGAAGAGGAAGUAAGAGGUCUAAAAGAGCGAGCUGCCACUCACGCUUCGUCGUUACGGUCGUUGCAACAUGAGUUGGAUCUUGCUAAAGAUGCGGUGGAAGCUGCGAAACAACGAGCGGACCAGGCUUCUCGUACGGCCGAAGAGGAAAUAGCACAAUGGCGAGAUCGGUAUGAUUCACUUGAGGAUGAAUAUAGGAGAUUGGAAGAUGACAAAGCAAAUAUGCAAGGCAAUACGGGAGGUCCAGAGUCUCGUCAAGCUGUCGCGGAGCUCAAGAUGGAACUGCAUACCCUUGUCGACGAACUCAAUGCGCUCUCGAUGAGAAAUGACGAACUUAUGUCAGAAAGGGAACAAGACGCAAUGGGGAUUCAUAAGAUGGAAGCUAAGGUUGAGGAGUACAAGAGGAAAUAUGAUGCUGUCAGGAUUGAACUGCGUAACCUGAAAGCGACAUCGACCAUGUUCGUGUCCAAACCUCUCACCGAUGAUCAUCUUCCUGCGUCCGCCGAUGGCAACAUCGCAGAUACCAGUGUUUCCGCCUUCCAGACCGCUAUUGAUGGUUUAUUGCAAGCUGCAAGGUCAUCACAGCCGACUGGUGUCCUCCCAGCUAUGAAAGCUAUAGUAGAAGCUAUAACAGAGAUCGGAGAGGAUGUGAAAGCGUUUGAAGCUCACCCCAACCUGGAUGUGGAUGUCUCUCGAUUGGAAUCACUAAAGUACGAAUCGACGAAUCGACUGAACGCUUUGAUGCAGGCGGCUCGAAAUCAUGCAAUGGCUUCCGGACUUUCACCCGUCUCGUUACUGGACGCUGCGGCUGGACAUCUCAGUACCAACGUUGUGGAAAUCAUCAAAUUGCUGAAGAUACGGCGAUCUGGUCAGAACAGAGAGAUGAGUAGACGAAGAAGUUCGAUGAGCAUCAAAGAUAUGGUGAAUCGUGAUCAGAGAGAAAAGGAAUUGAAGGCUGUCAAUGGGAGUUGGGACAGGGAGUAUGGUAGUCAAGAUAGGUUGUCCGAACAGGCUAGAUCGAGUCCUGUGCAGAACCCACCAGUGAUGGUCCGACGGCCAUCCAACGACCAAGCAUCGCUGAGAACGGGUACGCCCCUUGAACAAAGAUUGAACGGAAGUCAUCCUGCGCCUUCAUCGCUCUCAGCUGGAACUGAUCGUCCUGCAGCACUGAGAAUAAACAGUUUCCAAUCUACUUCGUCGAUGGCCCGAUCCGACUCGUUUGACCUGGAAAGGAAAUCUUCGAUGAUGUCUGAUAGCAAUGGAAAUCCCGCUGGACAAGGACAAGGUCAAAGACCAUUGGUGGAACCUAGGUCAGGGUCAGGUUUUGGAAUGAAUCCGAAUACAGGUGGUGGAAGGGAGAGUAUGAACUCGCAACAGACUCAGAGUAGUGCGGGACCAGGAGGAUUUGCAAGAGAACAGAGUGUGGAAGAGAUCAAUGAGGUUGAGGAACCGCAGCAGUACCAUGAUGAUGGAGUGGAUGAUGCGAGGGAAUGGGAGGAUUUGAAACCAUACCUCAAUACCCAAUCCUCAGCAUUGGUCAACGCCAUCCAAAAUCUCCUUGCGGCCAUUCGUACCAACUCGUCCCCUUCGGCUCUAAACGAACACCUAUCGGAAGUUAUCGCGAUCGCCUCGUCCAUCGUAGCUGUAUCUACCAACGCCUUACCCAACUCACUCCGAGGCGAAGGAGAUGCCCUCUUGAAGGAUCUGGUCAGUAAUACGAAUAAACUUUCGGAAGCUCAGGAAUCCGCUAGUGCCACGAGUACGACUGGUAAUGGAGGAGCUGGUGGGUUUGAGAAGACGGUCAGACAGCAGAUCGCCAGUGCCAGUUUUGGGGUGGCAAAGAGUCUGAAAGCUUUGAUGAAACUUGGUGGAGCCGAGUGA